GUCCUCUCCUGCUGGAUCUCAGUGAUCCUCUCUCUGAAGCUCGGAGCCCAGAGCACUGACACUUUCAUUCCUCCUCCGUUAGAGCAGCUCCAUCCACAGAGUGACUGCCCAGAUCUGUGGACACGUGGGCGUCAGCAGUUUCAUCCUCAACCAAAAUAAAGUUUGAGGCUAAAUAUGAAACUCUCGGGGCUUAAAUAUGAAAUCUGUCGAGUGAAAGCUUCAGACGCUUUGAUCCCUAAUAGAGAUCAAGCUCUUAAAGAAAGAGUCAAACCAGAGGUGAGACCAAACUGGAUUCUUCAGCAGUCACUUUAAUAUUCACAUCAUUUAAUAUUCAUAUUAACUUCAUCAUAAUGUCAGAUGAUGUCAAACAAACUCUGAGGAAGACCCUGAGGUGUGUGUGUGUGUAUGUGUGUGUGUGUGUGUGUGUGUGUGUGUGUCCCAGUUUGAAAGUGACAGCUGAGCGACAGAGAGCUGACACAUGAGAGGUGGAACGACAGAAAUGCAAGGAAGGUAGAGGAGCAGAAAAGAAAAGAGAAUGAAAAAGAAAGAUCAGACAGAAGAUGAGUAGAAAAGAGAUGGACAGAAUAGACAGAAAAGAGAAAGAGGAGAGGAGAUGAAAACAGAUAGAAAAAGAGAAGAGGAGGAGAAAAGAGAAGGAGUGAGCAAUAGAUACCAAGAGGAAACAGAGGUUAGGAAAAGAGAAGAGAAAGAACAGAGGAUGAGGAAGAGAAGCCCAAAGCCUCUUUUUAAUUUCUGUGUCAUGAAGGUUUGAAAACAACCAUUAGAUUUUAUUUUGAAUUAAACGUAUCAGCAGAAGAAUCUCUGUAACAUCUGUAUCAGCAUCGAGCAGCCACAUGUUCUCCAGAUGUGAUGAGAGUCACAUCUGGAGAACAUGUGGCUGAAGGAUCAGCUGUCAAUCAGAGUGAGAAGCUGUCGAUGAGAUUCACCGAGUCACAUUCUUCCUCCCGGAGAAAUCUGGGAAAAGGAGAAGUAUCAGUUCAAUUCCUGGAUCAAAUGUUUCUGUGGAACUACAAACAAACAAACAAACAAACAAACAAACAAACAAACACACAAACAAACAGCUGAAAACACAACCUGACAAAAGGUCAUUAACAGAACGUCUCCUCACAUGAUGAAGCUGAGUGUGGACUCGACCUCUGGGCUCUGCAGGUGUCAGAGGAGCAGGGACAGAUCAGUGGAGGUGAGACGGUCUGUCCUGAUGUUUGAUUGUUUCACAUCUUCUGCAGUUUGUGUUUAUGACUGAUGAAGAAUAAAAACCAGGAGAUUAAGAUUUCAGCAGCUCUGAAUUUUCUUAAUUUUCUUUACAGAUCAGCCAAUGAAGUAAAUAAUGAGAAAAGGAAACAUGAAAAUGAAGAAAAGCUGCUUGAGACAGACAAAGACAAACAAAAACCUCAGGAUGAAGAAGAGGAGCUGAACGAGGAGAAGAUGAAGACGUCAACUUGGAAACACGAGGAGGUUCCAGAUCUUUAGGUGAUGAGGUCGACGUCGGGUUCCAUGUGAACGAGGAGGACUGCUCAUGACUUUGUUGAACUUCUAUCUUGUCCUCUAGCGCCACCUGCAGUUCCAAGCUUCCAUUUAUCCACUGAAAUCUAAAAGUUCAGUGUUUGUGUCUCCUCCUCUGUUGCUCCAUCCCUCCAUCAUCUCUCCCAGCUGUCAUCACUUCCUCAUCAGACACGUGCUGAUGACAUCAUCACGUCUCCUUCCUAACUGUUAUUUAAUCUUUAUUUCAAUUUAAUUAGUGAAAUUAAAUCAUCACCAGAAAUUAUAUCAUGAUCAGAGAGAAGAAGAAACACUGAAUAUGGGGAUGUUGUAAAAAAACUUAUAUUCAACACACACAAUAUAUAUAUAUAUAUCGACAGGAAUCGACACGGAAACACUGAUAUCUGCUUACAGUCAUAUGUUUAUUGUUUAUAUGCUGCUGAUAAAUGGCGACUUUCAAGUGUGUUACAAAAAGAACAAAAAUAAAAUCAAAGAUGUCUGCUGAGUUUAAAUGUUUAUUCAAACCAUCAAAUUAAAUUACUAGUUUAAUUAUUCUUUUAUUCUGUUUUCAACUUUAGAUUAACGAAACACAACUAUGCACCUGGACCCACAAAUAAUAAAGAGGCAACAAACUAGACCUGUGUGUGUGUGUGUGUGUGUGUGUGUGUCACCUCGUUGUAGUCGUUCUUGUUGCGCAUGUGUUUGAUGAUGUAGUUCGCUCCGUCCACGGCCGGCUUGAUCUCUGCGUACAGCUGCUCUGUCAUCCCUCCGUCGUCCUGUGGACUCACCACUGCACAACCAGAGCAAACACACAGAGCAGGUGUGGUCAGGCGCCAUUUUAACAACACAACGCAGAGGGUGAAACAACGUUCUGAAUGCGUGAAUGCAGAGAGGAGGAGGAGCAGUAACUGAAGUUGAAGUCAAGAGCCAUUUCAACAACACAACGCAGACGGUGAAACAACGUUCACAGUCCGACUGAAGAUGAGUGGUUCUGAGGAGGAAGAGGACAGAGCAGAGUCUCCAGGGUUCAGCUGUGUGUCUCUGCAGAGUGACAUGUCCAUAGAGCAUCCUCUGUUGUUCAGUAAAGAACCUGGACCCUCACACACAAAAGGUCAGGACCACAGACUGAGAGCAGAGUCUCCAGGGUCCAGCUGUCUGUCUCUGAAGAGUGACUGGUCCAUGGGACCUCAUCCACUCUUCAGUAAUGAACCUGGACCCUCACACACAAAAGGUGAGGACCACAAACUGAGAGCAGAGUCUCCAGGGUCCAGAUGUCUGUCUCUGAAGAGUGACUGGUCCAUGGGAAAAGGUCCAACCUUCAGUAAAGAACCUGGACCCUCACACACAGAGGAGAGGAAGAGGAGUCAUGUUUCUGAGGAGGAGCAGUCGUCCUGCUGUGCUUCGUGUCAGGACGUCCUGAAGGAUCCAGUCUCCACCAGCUGUGGACACUGGUUCUGCAGGAAGUGCAUCACCUCAUACUGGGACCAGUCGGGUUCUUCAGGAGACUCCUCCUGUCCCCAGUGUGGACAAAGAUCCAGAACAGGAGCUGGAGGUCAGACAGCCGCAGAUCGUGGUCUUCAGGAGGUUUCAGAUGAACAUAAGCUCAGUGUGAGGAGGACAUGUGAACAUGUGACUGAAGGAAGUGAUGAAACAGGAAGUAGAACCCUCCUCAACAGGAUCUACACUGAGCUCUACAUCACAGAGGGACAGAGUGAAGAGGUUAAUACUCAACAUGAGGUGAGGCAGCUUGAGACGGCUUCCAAGAUGAAGAUCCUCCAGGACACUCCCAUCAAGGUCCACGACAUCUUUAAAGCCUCCACUGACCAGCAGAGCAGCAUCAGAGUCGUCCUGACCAACGGAGUCGCUGGCGUUGGAAAAACCUUCUCGGUGCAGAAGUUCACUCUGGACUGGGCAGAGGGUUUAGAGAACCAGGAUGUGGGUCUGCUGGCUGUGCUUUCGUUCAGGGAGCUGAACCUGGUGAAGGACCAGCAGCACAGUCUUCUCACGCUGCUCCAUGUUUUCCAUCCAGCGUUACAGAAGCUCACUGCAGAGACGCUCGCUGUCUGUAAACCUUUGUUCAUCUUUGACGGCCUGGAUGAAAGCAGACCUUCUCUGGACUUCAACCACAGGGAGCUUGUGUCUGAGGUCACACAGAGGUCAUCAGUCAACGUGCUGCUGACAAACCUCAUCCGGGGGAAUCUGCUUCCCUCGGCUCUCGUCUGGAUAACCUCCAGACCUGCGGCGGCCAAUCAGAUCCCUCCUGCAUGUGUUGACAGGGUCACAGAAGUACGAGGCUUCACUGAGGCCCAGAAGGAGGAGUACUUCAGGAGGAGGUUCAGUGAUGAAGAGCUGUGCAGCAGAAUCAUCUCACACAUCAAGACGUCCAGGAGCCUCCACAUCAUGUGUCAAAUCCCAGUCUUCUGCUGGAUCAGUGCUACAGUUCUGGAGCACAUGUUGACCACAGACCAGAGAGGAGAGCUGCCCAAGACCCUGACUGACCUGUACUCACACUUCCUGCUGGUUCAGACAAAGAGGAAGAACAACAAGUACGGUGAGGGACAUGAGACGAGUCCACAGCAGCUGACGGAGGCUGACAGGGACGUUCUCCUGAAGCUGGGGAGGCUGGCACUUAAACAUCUGGAGGAAGGAAACAUCAUGUUCUACCAAGAAGACCUGGAGCAGUGUGGUCUUAAUGUCACAGAGGCCUCGGUGUACUCAGGAGUUUGUACUGAGAUCUUCAGAAGAGAGUGUGUGAUCUUCCAGAAAUCAGUCUACUGCUUUGUUCAUCUGAGCGUUCAGGAGUUUCUGGCUGCAGUCUACAUGUUCCACUGUUACACCGAGAGGAACACAGAAGAACUCAACAACUUCUUGGGAACAUUUGGGAACAGACACAGAACCUUCUCCCUGGAUGACCUCCUGAAGAGAACCAUGAAGAAAUCCCUCACCAGUACAAAUGGUCAUCUGGACCUGUUUGUUCGCUUCCUUCACGGCCUCAGUCUGGAGUCCAACCAGAGAGUCUUAGGAGGCCUGCUGGGUCAGACAGAGAACAAUCCAAAGAUCAUCAAGAGAAUCAUCAACAACCUGAAGGAGAUGAAGAGUGACAACAUUUCUCCUGACAGAAGCAUCAACAUCUUCCACUGUCUGACUGAGAUGAACGACCACUCAGUUCAUCAGCAGAUGAAACAGUUCCUGACGUCAGAGGACAGAUCAGAGGAGAAACUCUCUGAGAUCCACUGCUCAGCUCUGGCCUACAUGCUGCAGAUGUCAGAGGAGGUUCUGGAUGAGUUGGACCUGAAGAUGUUCAACACAUCAGACCAGGGUCGAUGGAGACUGAUCCCAGCUGUGAGGAACUGCAGGAAGGCUGAACUCGGUGGUUGUGAACUCUCAGAGACUCACUGUGAAGUUGUGGCCUCAGCUCUGAAGUCAGACCCCUCACAUCUGAGAGAACUGGAUCUGAGUAAGAACAAGCUGCUGGAUUCAGGAGUGAAGCUGCUGUGUUCUGGACUGGAGAGUCCAAACUGUCGACUGGAGGCUCUGAGGUUGAGGAGCUGCAGUCUGUCAGAGAUCAGCUGUUCUUUUCUGGCUUCAGCUCUGAGGUCAAACCCCUCUCAUCUGACAGAACUGGAUCUGAGCUACAACGACCUGCCGGACUCAGCAGUGAAGGAGCUGUGUGGUUUUCUACAGAGUCCAACCUGUCGACUGGAGACUCUGAGGUUGAAUCACUGCAGUCUGUCAGAGAUCAGCUGUUCUUCUCUGGCUUCAGCUCUGAGGUCAAACCCCUCUCAUCUGAGAGAACUGAAUCUGAGUAACAACGACCUGCAGGACUCAGGAGUGAAGGAGCUGUGUGGUUUUCUACAGAGUCCAACCUGUCGACUGGAGACUCUGAGGCUGGUGAACUGCAGACUGACAGAGAUCAGCUGUUCUUCUCUGGCUUCAGCUCUGAGGUCAAACCCCUCUCAUCUGAGAGAACUGGAUCUGACCUGCAAUGACCUGCAGGACUCAGGAGUGAAGGAGCUGCUUGAUCUACAGCAGAGUCCAACCUGUCGACUGGAGACUCUGAGACUCGGUGGUUGUCGACUCUCAGAGACUCACUGUGAAGUCGUGGCCUCAGCUCUGAAGUCAGACCCCUCACAUCUGAGAGAACUGGAUCUGAGUCACAACAAGCUGCAGGAUUCAGGAGUGAAGCUGCUGUGUUCUGGACUGGAGAGUCCAAACUGUCGACUGGAGACUCUGAGGUUCGGGAGCUGCAGACUGUCAGAGAUCAGCUGUUCUUCUCUGGCUUCAGCUCUGAGGUCAAACCCCUCUCAUCUGAGACAACUGGAUCUGAGUCACAACUACCUGCAGGACUCAGGAGUGAAGGAGCUGUGUGGUUUUCUACAGAGUCCAACCUGUCGACUGGAGACUCUGAGGUUGUUUCGCUGCAGACUGUCAGAGAUCAGCUGUUCUUCUCUGGCUUCAGCUCUGAGGUCAAACCCCUCUCAUCUGAGAAAACUGGAUCUGAGCUACAACGACCUGCAGGACUCAGCAGUGAAGGAGCUGUGUGGUUUUCUACAGAGUCCAACCUGUCGACUGGAGACUCUGGGGUUGUGGAAGUGCAGUCUGUCAGAGAUCAGCUGUUCUUCUCUGGCUUCAGCUCUGAGGUCAAACCCAUCUCAUCUGAGAGAACUGGAUCUGAGUAACAACGACCUGCAGGACUCAGGAGUGAAGGAGCUGUGUGGUUUUCUACAGAGUCCAACCUGUCGACUGGAGACUCUGGGGUUGUUUCGCUGCAGACUGUCAGAGAUCAGCUGUUCUUCUCUGGCUUCAGCUCUGAGGUCAAACCCCUCUCAUCUGAGAAAACUGGAUAUGAGCUACAACUACCUGCAGGACUCAGGAGUGAAGGAGCUGUGUGGUUUUCUACAGAGUCCAACCUGUCGACUGGAGACUCUGGGGUUGUGGAGCUGCAGACUGACAGAGAUCAGCUGUUCUUCUCUGGCUUCAGCUCUGAGGUCAAACCCCUCUCAUCUGAGAGAACUGGAUCUGAGUAACAACAACCUGCAGGACUCAGCAGUGAAGGAGCUUCUUGAUCUACAGCAGAGUCCAACCUGUCGACUGGAGACUCUGAGGUACCCAUUUUCACCAAAAAAAGUAAUACCGCCGCGGCAGAGAGAGCAAGAGAGAGCUUGGCAGGAAAUAGCCGAACAAGUCAAUGCGAACAACCCGAGUUGCCCCAAGAGGACUUGGCAGCAAAUGAAAAUGAAGUACAAAAAUAUAGUUCAAACAGCAAAUCGAAAAAAAGCAAAGGCCCGGAAGACUGGAGGGGGUCCACCACCUGCAGCCCUCACAGAGGCUGAGGAGAUGGCCCUCAGCCAACAGAGUAUGCGUCCUGUGGCUGAGGGCAUCCCUGGAGGGAGCUCCUCUGAUCCCCCCACCCCCCAGGAUAGAAGUGCCUUUAUCAGAGUUACUGAUGGCGUCAUCGCCCUACUGGAACCAGAUGCCCUCACCAACCUCCAUGCAAUUGAAGAUGAUGGAGAAACAUUGUCUGCAGCAUUUGAAAGGGAAGAGGAAAGGCCUAUUGAGGAUGAAAUCGAAUUCAAUGAGAGGCCAUCCACUUCUAGCUCUACUUCACAGCUUACCUCUCUUCCAGUCAAAGAGCUCUAUAAAAUCUAUCUGGGAAAACAAAUAAACAAAGCAGACUUGGAAAUGGACCACAUUAGGCAAAAGAUGCAAAAGGAUGCUUUGGAGAUCCAAAUUUUGGAACAUAAGUUAAAGUAUGUGAUCUUAGUGAAGGUGAGUGUGAAGAGGACAGUGUGAAGAGGACAGUGUGAAGAGGACAGUGUGAAGAGGACGGAGGCUGAGCUGUGUCCUGAGGAUCCAGAGGCUGAAGCAGCAGCAGCUUGUGUGUAGAGCGGCUCUGACUGGGCCUUGUUGCUGGGAGGCAGAGUGGAGACAGAGCUCCAGAGGAAUCAGAGGAGCUGGUUGUAAUAUGUAACUUCACCACUAGAUGGCCCUCCACACCGAUUGUGUUUAUUCACAUGAAGAAUGUGUUUAUUGAAAUGACACAACACAAGCAGAAUAUAUAACUCCUCUAAAAAGAGUCACAUAUAUGUGUUUAAGUUUCCUUUAUUCUGUUCCACCUUUGUCCCUCAGUGUGUCUCCAUGUGUGUAGAACCACAUUCUGUUUGUUUAUAAUCUUAAAGUUCCUGGAUUCUUAUCACAAAUUGAUUCAGUUCAACACAAAGUUCAACACAAUCAAAUGUUGAGGGCAACACAGACCCUAGACUCUUUUAAGACUGGCCUAAAAACCUUUUUAUUCAAGAAGGCGUUUUUACUUUGAGUUGAGUUUCUAUUUUUUUUAUUUUUAAGACUUUGAUUUUAACUAUGUGGCACUCUGAGAUUCUCGGAUGAAGAGUGCCUUAUUAAUGUAAUGUAUUAUUAUUAUUAUAAAUCACUUUGAGGUUAAAAUCAGACUUUUGUCUUUGACACAAAAGAUCAAAACUCUGGAUUUAAAAAUGGGACGUUUUCAUUUCUGCAUCAGGUGCAGAGCGGUGGUGGCUUUUCUACUUUUGACCCACAGGUGGCGCUGCAGUAUAACAGCAGCACAUCCCAGUCAAAGCCUUUAUAUUCAGUCUAUGAGUCAAACACAUGGAUCAUUUCCUCUGUGACAAACCAGAUGUAACGAGAAGAAAAACAUCUCAGAGAGAAAAGUUCUGUUUCUACUUGUCUCUGCUUUAAUGCUCAAUAAACAUCCUUCCACCGAC